UUGUGUCAGAAGAGCAGGCGAGGAUGAAACUGAAGCCCAGUAAAAGAGAUUCCCCCUGGGGGAGCCAUAGACAGAUGUGGAGCCCCUGGAGCCACUGACCCCGUGUCUGAAUGAUCUAUGGAUAAAGACCACCAGCCCUCAAGAGUCAAUCUUCUACUGCUGAGCAUUUCUACAUUGGCAGACACAAACAAAUGUUGCUCUGUAAUUCCUGAAUAUCUACAGUCUGAACAUUCGGUUCCUGGGCUCCAUUUUCUCAAAGUUACCUUGCCGUUACUAGAAAAACAACCUACCACAACUGUACUUAGUCUGAAUAUCUCUAAAUCGGUAAUUGCCGAGUGUCUACAGUCUGAACAUUCGGUUCCUAGGCUCCAUUUUCUCAAAGUUACCUUGCCGUUAUUAGAAAAACGACUUACCACAACUGUACUUAGCCUGAAUAACUCUGACUCGGUAAUUGCCGAGUGUCUACAGUCUGAACAUUCGGUUCCUAGGCUCCAUUUUCUCAAAGUUCCCUUCAUGUCACAAGAAAUACGACCAACUCACAAUCCAGCAAAUGCAUCCAAAGCUUCCGGGAAAGCCCAUGUAUCCUCACAUCACCUUCCAAUCGCAUGACCGUGAAAGAGGAAAGUUAUGGCGUCUCAUUGAGAAUGCUGAGGUCGGACAGGCAACGAGGUCUAACGGGAUCAAUACAACCCUGCUGAUUAAUGAGCAGAUUUCUCUUCAGUUUAGUGUGUCAGAGAAUAAUCAUCUGCCAAGAAGACCAAGAUUGGGAAACCAGGUCUCUUCGGUCUUUAAGAGUCGCAUUUCCAUUGCAAAGUAACCCUGCUCUGGACCUUCUUUGAAGCUUUGUAUCAUUUAAUACCGCGCCUUCUGAUUUGCAAUCAAUACGACCCUUGCAAAGCAGUGUGAAUCAAACCGUCAGCCUGGAGCAAUUGGCUUUUUGUAGAAUAAGUUAUUUUCACUUUGUUCCUGGGUCAAGUUUACGUAAUAAUGGAAAUUCAAAGUUCACCAAACUGGGAUGAAAAAGCAGCAAAGCUUGAAUCAAGGUCUCAGUUGCAUUUCAAUUGCUAAGUAAGUAUUUUUUUGUAACUUUUGCAUCAUUUAACACUGCUUCUUCAGAUCCACAAUCAAUACGACCCUUUCAAAACUGUGGGUCAAGCUUCACUUUGUUCCUGGGUCAAGAUUACGAAAGAUCGGAAUCGCAAAUGCCUUGACGCUCCAACAAGCCCGGCAAAGCUUGACCUGCAGCAUCGUGAAUCCUUCGAACCCAAGUGCAACUAAGCGGACGACAUUGCUGUGAGUGAGUGCAUGUGGUGGUGGCCCUCAGCAUGGUGUUGCCACCACCAGACAAGCGGCAUGUGUGUCUUACCACCUUUGUGAUCAUGACCAGCAUGGCCUUCAUGGACGCCUACCUGGUGGAGCAGAACCAGGGUCCACGGAAGAUCGGUGUCUGCAUCAUCGUCCUGGUCGGGGACGUCUGCUUUCUUAUCGUCCUCCGCUAUGUGGCGGUUUGGGUCGGAGCAGAAGUGCGGACGGCUCGGCGAGGAUACGCCAUGAUCCUGUGGUUCCUCUAUAUCUUUGUGUUGGAGAUCAAGCUUUACUUCAUCUUCCAGAACUGUAAGGCUGAUCGUAAGAGUCUGGAGACUGUCGCCCGGAAGGCUUUAACUUUAUUGCUGUCUAUUUGUGUGCCAGGCCUGUACCUGGUUCUGGUGGCUCUGGAUAGCAUGGAAUACUUCCGUACCUUCAGGAGAAAGGAGGACAUGAGGGGUCGGCUCUUCUGGGUGGCUUUGGACUUGCUGGACCUGCUGGAUAUGCAGGCAAACCUUUGGGAGCCACAGCGGACGGGUUUGCCUAUUUGGGCUGAAGGUUUGAUGUUCUUCUACUGCUACAUUUUGCUUCUGAUUCUUCCCUGCGUGUCUUUGAGCGAGGUCAGCGUGCAGGGCGACCACGUGUCUCCGCAGAAGAUGAUGCUCUAUCCUCUUCUCAGUCUGGUCACCAUCAACAUCGUCACCAUCCUCAUACGUGGCGUCAACAUGGUGCUCUUCCAGGACAGCCGGGUCUCCACCAUCUUCGUCGGGAAGAACGUGGUGGCCAUCGCGACCAAGGCGUGCACCUUUCUCGAAUACCGGAAACAGUCACGGGAAUUCCCGAAUCGAGAGAACGCAACCGGAAUUCCCAUGGAAGUCCAGCAGAACUCAGUGGGACAUGGACAAGCUCUUCCGAAUGCAACGAGCCUCCCACAUGAACCCACUCCAGCACGGGAUAUUAUGGAUACAUGACCAAGGAACCAAAAUUAAGUCUUUGGUUUGAUGCAAGAGCCAACAAAAAGCAUCAAAACCAACAGAUAAGAUGAACCGGUGAACUGUUUUGAAGUACUUUGAUACAACAUUUCAGCAUCAUAAGGUGCUUCGUCCUCUUCUUGACGGAGUUAGCAAUGAAGAACUGCUGUUUUCAUUGGAGUGCCUGCGGUGCAAAAUCCUUUUCCCAUGAGACCAAACUCUUGUUCCCACGUCCACUUUUCUGUCAGACUGAAAUUUCCCUUUCUUGCAAGUACAGAAUGGUGGAACUAAAGUGUAAUGAGUUUAUUAUUGAAGGAACUAGACAGAUGAGGUUGAUAUUAUGACCAAAUGUUGAGGAGUAGUCCUACAUGCCUGCAGUAUGUGUUUGCGCUCGUGUUUUAUGAUGUGUUGAUGACGUUACAGAAAUUAGAUUAAAUAAGAAAGUAAGAAAUUUGUAUCCGAUGAGUAUAUAGAAUUUCUUAGGAAAUAAGCGAAUGCACUUCCAAUUGAUUGGUAUAUGGAUUAUUAUUGUUGUUAUCAUUAUAUAUGUAUACACCACUUGUGUACUUGUUUUUUUU